AUGAGAUGCCACGGCGAGACGUGGUCUGCUUUGAUACUGGGCUACGUAGAGAAUGGAGAAAGCGAGGUCGCUCUCGAGUUCUUUGGGAGGAUGGACUGCUCGCCAAACUCUCAGACUUUCGUUGCUGCUGCCAAGGCCUGUGCGAAUCUAGCAGUGAAAGAGGAGGCCACUCAAGGAGAUGGAAAGAUGGUGAAGACGAAGAGCCUGGAGAAGGGGCUCGCUGUUCACGAUGGAGCUGUGAAAAGCCACUGCUGUGGAGAUAUCUUCGAGGGGAGCAGCCUCGUGGACAUGUACUCGAAGUGUGGGAGCAUGGUCGACGCGUGGAUGGUUUUCGAGAGCAUGCCUCGCCGUGAUGUCGUGCUCUGGACGAGCUUGAUACAAGGCUUUGUGGACAACGGGGAAAGCGAGCUGGCUCUCGUGUUCUUCGAAGAUAUGAAGCUAUCCGGGUGCUGUCCAAACUCUCGAACGUAUGUUGCUACGCUUGCCGCCUGUGCGAGCUCGGCAAUGCGAGAGGAAGCGGUGGAUGUCGACGGGAAACUCGUGAAGAGAAAGAGCUUGGAAACUGGGCUGGCUAUCCACGGUGAAGCUUCAAACAAUAGGUGCUGUGAGGAUGUGUUCGUGGGGAACACACUGAUCGAUAUGUACGCGAAGUGUGGGACGCUAGAGGAAGCUCGCAAGGUCUUCGUGGAACGCAACGAUCCAGGGAUCUGCUGGAAGUGGAGACAGCAAGCUGGCCUUGGAGCUGGUCUUCGGCAUGGCUCGGGAGAACGAUCCGGACGAGAGAACGUUUAUUGCUGCGGUCAUGGCCUGCGUCCACCUUUCAGCAUCCGAACAACCUGUUCCGCGAGAAGAUGGAAAGCUAUUGCGAAUCCAGAGCCUAGAAAAGGGGAUGGAGAUUCAUUCUCUCGCCGCGAAGUUUGGAUGCUGCGAGCACAGAUUUGUCGGGAGCAGCUUGGUGGACAUGGAUAUGUAGACAACGGUGAGAGUGAGCUCGGGCUGGAACUCUUGGAGAGCAUGGACUGUGCUCCAAACUCUCGGACUCUUGUAGCGGGACUUAUGGCCUGUGGGAACGUUGGGUCCAGUGAAGCUGGAAGGAAAAUCCAGACUGAGUUUUGCAGGCGUGGGCUGGAAGACGACCAUGUUGUGGGGACGUGCAUGGGCGCGUGUUCGAAGCCUUUUGCGAGAUGCGAGAAGAUGGCGUGCGAGCAAACGCGAUCACGUUUGUCUCGGUCAUCACUGCAUGCAGCCACGGCGGCCUGGUUGAACGAGGCAGGGAGUUUUUCCAGGCAAUGGACCCGAACUCUGGCAUUGUUUGCGGGAUUCAUCACUACAGCAGUGCAUGGUGGAUCUGUGGUUUGGAGGACCGUCCUCGGGGCCUGCCGCAAGUGGAAGAACGUGGAAGUGGGGAUUCAUCACUACAGCAGCUUGGUGGAUCUCUUCGGGCGUGCAAACCGACUGGAAGAGGCCGUCAAAGUCCUCGAGAGCAGGCCUUUGAGAGCGACGCUGUGGUCUGGAGGAGCGUCCUCGGGGCCUGCCGAAGAACGUGGAAGUGGGCAGGAUUGCGUUCGAGGCACUGACGAAGAUCGACGGGAAAGACUCGGCUGCGUACGUUCUGAUGGCGAGCAUCUACCGGAGCGCGGGGCUGUGGGAGGAUCAUGA